CAAACGCAUGUCGAUGAUGUGUCUGUAUCUUCAUUUUCCGCAGUUGAAGCACACGAAAACGCACGGCCUCACCCAUCAGAGUCUCAUCGAUCCCUACCUACACACAAAUACAAUCGCUAACCAAACUGAAAAGCGUUCCUAUUCAACCUCCUCUUUCAACAACGGUAAAGUAAAAGUGCGAAAAUGUCUGCCGCGGUUGUUGUAAUUCCACCCACUUCGACUAAAUUUUCCGAUGCCUCAGCUGCAAGGAAGAGACGCCGUGAGAUCUUAACAUCUCAGCGUCAAGCACUAGAAGCGGUUACAACAACUUCGAGUAUGAUGAUCGCCGAUCGUGAGGAGGGACACGUGAAGAAGGUCCGCAGAGUAUCAGAUAUCACGGAUGAUAGGAGCCAAUCUUCGGCGCUUCACCAAAUUGCAUCCWCUACCGUCAMAACUGCAAGAAAUACCGCAACUGCAAAAAAGAAAACGUCCACAAAAAAGAAGCCUCAAAUGAAGUACGACCCCGACGUUCCCAUGUCGAAAGAAGAGGCAGCGGCCUGGCGACGAGAACAACGUCGCAAGAGAAAUAGAGAAAGCGCUGCACUGUCGCGCCAAAGACAACGUGACCGAAUUGGCGAUCUUGAARUAGAAGUUGGCCAAUGGAAGAACAAAGUAGAAUCUAUAAUGGAACGRAUCAAGAAACUCGAAGAAGCGUCUGGCAUCGACAGCCGAACACUUGUYCCAGAACCUAUUGAAGCACAAGKMCURGAACAAUCGCUAGAGUUUGACGUCACUGACAACAAUGAUUCAAAAUUCGUCUCCCCUCCACCCUCWCCGGUACACCCUCCCCUUCACGAAGAACCAAYAGUAUCCCCCGUUGCAUCCUCCUCUGCCAAGACCGUGGUUGAUGCGGUCGUGGACCAAGUACUCAUGGGAAUCGAAAGUUAUGAGCAAGAGUUUUCAGAUAAUAUGAUCUCUCGACAUGCAACGUCCUGAAUCAUUUCACCCAAAACUCUAUAUUUUUCACUUUCUUCGAAAGUAGAUCUGACCUGACGCAACCUGUCGCGAAUUUGCCCCGCAGUCCUUUUCAAGCGCACACACCCCUUCACAGCACAUUACCUACGGUAUUGUCUGUCCUAAUGAGAAGCUCAGCUUCCAACCUCCGAUGUUCACGUCGGCAUGUGUGUCUUGAACGAAAGGCGCUGUGAACGCAAACUCGCACUUUUUGUUGUCGGAGAURGUCUCUUUCGAACGAACGUUGAAUCGGUCAAGAUUGCGCAAUGCGAUCACCUUCUCAUUCCGAGAAGAAUUGGCCUCUAAGAUCAUCCAUUCCAGCAGUGAAGAUCACUACUGUUGCUCCUGCUCUACCUUUCCUCCCGAAGUCCGAGGAUUCCGUAACUGCUAYACCCACACCAGAGGCUUGCCUUUCAGGAGAUGUUGUUUCMCCGACCCCAAGCAAUACUGUGGUCCCUUCGAAUACGGCGCUCGAUCCCAUUGAUUCUUCUCUUUUCCCCGUGAAGGAAGAACCAAAAAUGCCUAAUUUGUUGAGCGACGAAGAAAAUGAAGAUGAGUUCGGCGAAUUCCUUCUAGAUGCCGUCCAGUGGCUCUAAGUGAAUAAUUCCAAAAUGGCUGGAGGCCCAACAGAGAAUAUGAUCAGUCUCUCUAAUGUGGUCUCGCUACGAAAUAAUCAUGCAGUAUUAGUAUAUGCCUCAUGGCAGAAUGCAUUUGAUAAUAUUUUACUUUUUUUUAAUGUCAACCAAUAAAAAGAAUUUUACAAU